UGCGGAGUGGCUGGCGCUGAUUGAGGCCCUUGGUUCGGAUGCUUUCCCCCUAGAGUUCUGUCAUUGGUUCAACGAAGCUACGGUACAUGCAUCUCUAGAAUUCCAAUUCCAAGUUCGACCGCCCCAUGAAGACCUGCGCAAUGCGCGCAGCCAAUUCCUCAUAUCUGCGCACCCUCCUCAACUGAUGGAGAACCCCCGAAGAUUCCGGCCGAUAUGAGAGCGCUGUUUAUGAUUACAUAUAUACUUCCCACCAAUGUGCUUCCUGAUUCCUUGACUCCGACAUUCCCCCAAGGUGUGGGCAGCAGCCGAUAGGUAGCACAGAAAUCAAGGACCUUUCUAAGGCUGGAGUUGGCGACGAAAUCAUGGUGGACCUCAACGAGCCUAGGCCACCCUCAUCGGCCUUUGACAGCCCAACAUUUGGCGAGGAUAGCUCGUUCCAUGUGGAGCAGCCUGUCGGUUCGAUGUCAAUAUCGCCCUGUGGACGGGAUGUGGUCUUAGCUUCAAAGGAGGGUCUCCACGUCAUUGAUCUGGACUCGCCAUACUCGCCGCCCAGAUAUCUUCCGCAUCACACACCAUGGGAGGUCGCAGAUGUUCAGUGGUCUCCGUUUGCUUCCCGAGACUAUUGGGUUGUUAGCACGUCAAACCAAAAGGCGCUGGUAUGGAACCUGGGCAUGACGGGCUCGCAAAGCCCUAUUGAACAUGUUUUACAUGCCCAUACUCGAGCCAUAACAGACAUCAACUUCUCUGCAUACCAUGCAGACAUGCUCGCGACCUGUGCUGUUGACAGCUUCGUCCACUGUUGGGACCUCCGGACUCCCUCCCGUCCCGCCAUCUCGUUCUCGGACUGGCUUGCCGGAGCUACCCAGGUCAAGUGGAACCGACAGGACCCCAAUGUCAUUGCCAGUUCCCACGACAAGUUUUUGCGGAUAUGGGACAAGCGGAUGGGCGCGUAUCCAAUUAAGUCCAUCGAGGCACACAGUACCAAGAUUUAUGGGUUAGACUGGAAUCGGGUGCGGCCCGGAGCUCUUGUGACCUGCUCCCUGGAUAAGACCAUCAAAUUUUGGGAUUACACCGUGGAUACCGAGGUACCAGAGAAGGUGAUCAAGACACCGUUUCCAGUAUGGCGGGCGAGAAAUACCCCUUUUGGAUGGGGUGUCUUAGCCAUGCCGCAAAGAGGCAACAGUGAUCUUCAUUUGUAUAGUCGCAGAGCUGGAGACGGCUCUACGUCCAAUGAUGACCUCCCUCUUGUGCAUAGCUUUCCAGGGCACAAGGGCCAAGUGAAGGAGUUCCUCUGGAGAGCCCGCGGCGGAGUUGUGGAUGGCAUCGAUAACAGAGAGUUCCAGCUAGUGUCUUGGGGCACGGAUCGGGAGCUCCGCUUACACAGAGUAGAUCCGGAUAUUAUGCAAAGGGUUGGCUUCGAAAAAGGAAAGUCUUACAUGUCGAAUCUACACCUCACGCGCAAGGGCGCCCUGUAUCGGUCGUACCGCGACACGAAUGUUGAACAAGAUGACGAAGAUACGGACUCCUUGUCACCCACUACUCGACAAAGCUCUACACCUCAGACUUCUCGUAACCCGGGGAUGAAUACAAUAUCGGUUCCAUAUGCUCGAGCGUGGACGCAGGGAGGAGGAAACACGGAAUCUAGGAUUGGGAUGCAGGGCCGGACAAACAUUCGAACCGACACCAAUCCUAUUUCUUGGAUGCGUGGCGUGAAAAUAUCCGGCUGGGAUAUUGAAACGCUCGGGGACGAGAUAACCCAUGUGGGCGAAAAGUUCACCAAGGUUGCCUUUGAAUCAGUAGAUGUCAGGCAACGAAAGGCAACCAUUUCCCUUCUUGGACCGUGGGGCGCAGACGGUGACACCCUUUUCCUGAAAGUCGACAUCAAAUUCCCCGUUGAUUAUCCUCGGGCUGCCCUGCCGGCGUUUAGUGUGCAGAAAACCGCGGCUGUCACCGAUCAACUCGCCGAAAAGAUCAUCGCCGAACUUCGCACAAUUGCCGAAACUUUCCUUGCUCACAAAAGAGGAUGUCUUGAAGGAGUUGUUCGCUAUCUUUUGGGCGAGAGCACUCUGGAGGAAAGCAUAGCAUGGAUCCUCGGGGAAACCGCGGACACAGUCAAGUCGCCCGUCAACGGUCAGCUAGGCGGCGAGGAGUCCAGUGAUGAAGACGAAGUCGGGCUGUCUCAAAGCCAAGAUCUAGGCAUGAGCUCCGAACUGCUUCGUCCGGUCAAUGCCAACGUAAUGGUCCCCGUGGCCAAGGGAUGCGGUGCACUCUGGGCCAAUGACGGCCGGUUGGUGUGCUUUUUCCCGUCCAAGAAGGAUAAAUCGAACUGGCUGGAAAACCUCGGGUUCAAGGAAAUGACCCGGCUAUCGAGAGCAGACAAGGUCUUUGAAGGAUUCGGUCGUAUCCAGACUAAUUCACCUGGACCUCGAACAUCUGUCACGAUGGCCAGUACUGACGAUGGCGCCUCUGAAUAUUCAGACGAUUCGGAUGCUGAAUCGUCCAGCUCGUCCGGGUCCUCUGGUAUAUUGUCUGGACUGCAACACCGGUUCCCGACGCCCCAGACUUGGCGGAGUGGUGGCAGUCUUGGACUCUACCGGCCGCGCUCUACGGACAACUCCCAGAGAUCAACGAUCGGUGCGAUGACGGCGAAGUCGUCUGAGAGUUCACAGAAUGUCAUAUCGAUCCACGACUUCAGUGAUCUGCUCCCAGCGAAGCGGGAUCUAGCUGGUAAGUACCGCAUUUGCGGCAAAGUUACAGACGUCUGCGCACAUAACUCAGCAGUGGCUUUGGACCACGGCUACCAUGAGCUGGCCCGAAUCUGGGGACUUGUUCGGCUUAUCCUGCACAACAGCAAAACCUCGAUGUUUUCAUCCGGGUUUGAUACCCUGGACCGGCCAUACAUCCAGAGGAAAGAUAGUGCUGUGGAUCUGAGUUACGACGCGGGGAGCCAGGACCCGCGUUCCAAAGAGUCUGCGAAUGCCGUGAUCCAAUGGGGCGAUCAUCCGUUCGGUGGUCACUGGCUGAUCCCUGCCCUCUUCGAGCACUUUGAGCAGAUCGGCGAUGUACAGAUGAUUGCAAUGCUGUCCUGUGUUUUGCAUGAGCCCAACAGCGACGAGACCUCAAAGGAACAACCCCACCAUAAUAGGGCCGUGUCCAAGCGAAUGGAGGAGCACGCAUUCUCAUUUGAUCUAUAUUCCCCGAACUCGGUCAUGCAGAACAAACCGCAGGCGGUCGUGCCAUUUGCCCCUACGCCGAAGGACAGCCAUGCAACGCCCGUCACACAUAGCUCUGGGCGGUCCUCGUCUGAAAUUUGGCGCCCAGAUUCUACCCCUCCGUAUUCUACAGGCACAACCCCCCCUCUGGCUUCUCGAGCCGGGCCUUUGACAGCAGAUAGGAAGACCUGGACCCAGAAUAUAGCAAUAGCUGCAUCCCCCGAUCAACAAUCCCAACCGCGCAGUGGUUCUGGCCUUGGCUCUGUCCUAGCUUCUUCUCUCUCGCGGUCCCUUACGUUUGGGCCUUCGUCGGCGUCUCCUCCAGCAACCGCCCUGUCCAGAAAGGUUCUCAACCCCAAUGGCAGUCCUAAUACAAUCGGUGGACCGGGUGUGUGGGUGACAAGUGCAUUUGCUGUUAAACCUGCCUCAGCAGUCCCCGAUUACCUGACCACAUCCACCGCGCUCACUUCACAUACCCACUCUGAUACGGAGAGUGAGAGGCCUCCCCCUGCCAAGCCAUCUACCAAGGUUCGAGCAGUCUUGAAAAACCAGGCUGCAUUCGAGAACAACGGGCCGUCCCAGCACAGCUUUUUGGACCCCAAGAAAGAGUGGAUGUACCGCUCAUAUCGCGCAGUAUACGCUCACCUGCUCUCCAUUUGGGGCCUGCCAGUGCAACGUAGCGAAGUGCUCAAGAUCGGCGGCAACCCAAACCCAACCAAGGAGACACCAUCACACCGUCGCCACCGAAGCCACCAUGAUUCAUUUUCACUGCCAACCUCCAAGCGCAGAAGCUCCACAGUAGCGGCUGCCGACACCGAUAACCAAGGUCUGGAGAUCCAUCGCCACUGCAGUAGCUGCGGCCAGGCUCUGCAGCAUUCCAUCUUUGCCACAAAAGCUCUAACCGACGUGGCCCCCAAGAGCCACAUAAAGAGCAUAGCUACAUCGCCCAUCACAUGUCCCCACUGCAAACCAAAGCAGCCACUCCCCCUCAAAAUACCCUGCGUUAUUUGCGGCGAAGUCGUCGAAGGAAUGCUCAUCCCCUGCCUCGGUUGCGGUCACGUAAGCUGCUUCGAUUGCCAUCGCGGCUGGUUCUCGAUGGCUUCAUCGGACCCCCAGCGUGAUCUGCACGACACCGAGCAGGACGAAUACCAGUUCUGCCCCAGCGGCUGCGGCUGCAAAUGCGCCGAUUACAUAGACACCGACAUACCAACCACCCCAUGGAAACUGAACCCGACCUCCCCGAGCACGCACGGCAGCGAGGGCUCUCUCUACCGUCAUCGAGCCAAGCUAUCCGAUGGUUCUGGGUCCUCCAAACACGGCAGCGAUGCCGUGGCUAAUGUUGGUCAACACGAAGACGACCUGGACCAAUGGCAGGCUGCGUCUCCAUUUGCGUCGCUUGCCCGGGGCCUAGGCGGCGGCUUGAGCAGAGGGCUGCGCGUCAAGGAUGAAAGAAGGAAAUCCAAGCCAACCACCGCUCCGUUUGUGCCGAAGAAGUCUUCAAUGAACCAGGUGGAGAGCAGAUGAGAUUGUUGCGGUCCUAUCACGAUUCUUGAUGUAUACCAAUACCCAUGUUGUUCAGCGGUUGCUAUAUCUUUUGUUGAAGAUUGAGUUGCUU